AUGAUAGGAGACGCGUUUAGUAAUACUACGUGCCCUAGCCUGUGUCACUGCUCUUCCGACGAUGACGUUUACUGUGAUAAGAUGGGAUUCAGAAGCCUUCCUCUUAACCUACCUGUUUCUGCAGUAUCGCUAUACCUGGAAGGGAAUCUAUUCCGAGUCCUGACAUUCAACGCGUUCAAGAAUGUCCCAAUACUUCAAAACCUUUGGAUAAACCAAAACAACUUGACAUUCUUGUACCCAGGAGCAUUUAUCUCCCUCAACAACCUCAAAGAAUUAAAUCUUAGUGAGAAUUCAAGGCUCACCUACCUUCACGCUCAUACGUUCCGAGGCCUUUUCAGUCUAAUCUUUUUGGAUCUAUCUUCCUGCAACCUCUUUGAAAUUCAUCCUCUUGUGUUUUCCCACGUGGUGUCUCUGGAAGUUCUCAAUUUGGGUUCCAAUAAAUUUCACUACAUCCCACAGGCUCUGAGGAAACUCCACAAUCUUACGACGUUAUCUUUGGAAAAUAAUCACAUAGAAGCCAUUGGGAAAAAUUCCUUCAAAAAUCAGCAAGCUUUGCGGGAUCUUAAUCUGAGGAGGAACCGGAUUUGGGUGAUAGAAAAUGAUGCCUUCAACGAACUCAACAAAUUGAACGUUCUAAAUUUAGGACACAACUCGCUAUCUUAUUUGCCUAAUCAGCUUUUUAGUGAUUUAAUCCAGGUCAGGAUUAUGUACCUGGAAGCUAACUGGAUUACGAGAAUCAACUGUUCCUUUAACAGUCUUGUUAACUUGAAAAAAUUACAUCUUAAUAAUAACCGAAUAAUGCACAUUGCACACAACGCUUUCUCCUCUUUGAAGGAACUUCAGUUUCUUCAUCUAAAUAAAAAUAAUUUAACUUCUAUCCCCGGUGAUUUAUUUGCGAACAUGCCCAAACUGAAGCACGUGUUCCUUUCGUUUAAUCCGUGGAGCUGCGACUGCAGAAUGGCUUGGAUUGCAAACUGGAUGCUGACUUACAAUGGAGCCGUAAGAGGCCUACACUGCGUCUAUGCCUUGUCUUAUAAAACGGGUUCUGGCGUCUUCACGCAGAAAGGAACCCUGUGCUCCCAUGAGAAAGCUGUCGACGACAGAUGCGUGGAAAUCUCAAUGAGUUCUGCUCCGAAACGGACCAAUUCUUUAUGUGUUAUAAGUAUUAUAUUAAUCUUAGUUUGGUUUUAG